AUGAACGAUACUCAGCAGGAUAUUUGGAGAGGAUCGAUUAUGAUUGUUACAAAUGAUGCCACUUCUGAUUACUCGACUCCUCCUUUUCUUAAUGUGACGAUCGAGCCAUUAGUUGACCCUAGUGCCAGUGCUAAUACUGGUGUUGAAGGCAGUGCUCUCAAUGGUGGCAGUGCAAGCCAUGGUAAUACAACUACAGUUGAAUCCAACAAAAUAUACGGAGAGUAUGGAGUCAGUUUUUGGCGGUUUGAUCUGAAUUUGAAUUUGAUUGAUUCAGAGCAAAGAGUCACAUAUUCCAUCAAUGCAGGUUCAGAUUCAUUGGGUUCGUCGUCACCAUCACCUACUGAAACGUUCUACAUUCCUAGUAGAAAUCAGGAUAUGAAUAUCAUGUUCUAUUCGUGUAAUGGAUUCAGUCUUGGCGUGGCACCUGAAAAGUUCAAGGGCCAGCUUUGGAACGACGUGCUGGAACAGCAUGAAAAUAAAUACCAUUUCCACGUCAUGCUAGGUGGAGGUGAUCAAUUGUACUGCGACAAGGUCAAAAUAGCUACUGAGUCAGUUAAGAAAUGGUCUGAGGAGAAGAACCCGUUCAAAAAGAGAACUGCUCCUAUGCAACCGGAAGAAAAGGCCGAAAUUGAUCAGUUUUAUUUGUGGCAUUAUAUUUCUUGGUUUGGUUUGGGUUAUUUCUACGGCCCUCAUGGCAGAACCCUACAGCCUGGCUGGCCAAAGGCGUUAGCUAAAAUCCCUAUGAUUAAUAUUUUCGAUGAUCACGAUAUUAUCGAUGGAUUCGGCAGUUAUACCGAUGGUAUUAUGAAAUCACCACAUUUCUCCGGAAUUGGUAGAGCUGCUUUUAAAUAUUAUUUGUUAUUCCAGCACUGUGUUGCUCCAGAAGAGCCGACUUCUAAGGAGCCAUCGUGGGUCAUGAGUCCACGUCCCGGUCCUUAUAUGGGUGAACACGCGCGUUCUGUAUAUGCUAGACUUGGCCAGUCUAUUGCAUUUUAUGGACUUGACUGUAGAACUGAGCGAAGUCACCAUCAGGUGUGUGAAGAUGCCACAUACGACGCCAUGUUUAGUCGGAUAAACCACGAAGUAAAGCAGUCAAAUGGGCAAAUCAAGCACCUGGUGAUCAUGUUGGGUGUGCCUAUUGCUUAUCCCCGUAUGGUUUGGUUAGAAAGAAUUCUUACCAGUGACCUUUUGAUGCCUCUUAAGAUGCUGACUCGUAAGGGAUACUUCUCGGGUCUUUCCAACGAGUUUGACGACGGUAUUGAGAUCCUCGACGAUCUCGACGAUCACUGGUGUGCACGACACCACAAAAAAGAGCGUAACGAGUUUGUCAGCCGAAUGCAGGCCUUCAGUAAAUCGACCGGUGUGCGAAUCACUAUUCUAGGAGGCGAUGUGCACCUUGCUGGAGUGGGACGAUUCUACUCCCGCAAGCCUGUACCCCCUGAGAAAGAUUAUCGUCACAUGCUCAACAUCAUCUCAUCUGCCAUUGUUAACACCCCUCCACCAGAUAAGCUUGCUGAUUUCCUGAACAAACGAAACAAGAUCCACCACUUCGGAAGCGAUACCGAUGAAGAUAUGGUUAAAAUCUUCCCUGUAGACGUGGACAACAGUCAUCGAAACAAUGACCGUCUGCUCCCCAGACGUAACUGGUGCAGUAUCAUUGCCACUCACGGUCAGGGACAAGCCAGACGAGCCGGACAAAUCAACUCCACUGGUGAACCUCCCGUUUCCAACUCCCGCGAAACACUCUACCCCGACCUCCCUGGCACACUCUCUGUUAUACUCCACAUGGAAAAGAAUGACCAGGACCCUGCCAGCGUCACCAUCCCAUACGAGGUCCUUGUGCCACCACUUGAGCUCUAG